AUGGCCGCACCGGGCUGCCAGCUGCGGCGAUGUGGUUGGCACGUCCCUCUGAGGCGAUGCAAUGAGGCGAGGCGAAGACUUGCAGCCGAAAGCGAGGCACACGCCACGAGUGGUGCACGAAUUGGCCCCGCGCCAAGUCCGCUGCCGGGCUUGGCACAGCGUAUCUCCGUCGGCUUCGGUGCCUUGGGCGUCGGCGUGGGCAGCGUAGCAGUCUUGGCCUGGUGGCAGCUCCCCCGCAUCCAAGCGGUGCUGGACUCGGAGCCCGAGGCGCCGGCCAGCUUAUGGCAGCGUCUUGUGGGUCCCAGACACCCAGCCGAUCGAAUCUUCGACAAGGCCGAUGUGGACGGGGACGGGCACUUGGACCGACGUGAGCUGGCGCAGUACAUGAUGAGCUGUGGAAUAAUGGACAUGAGUGGCUUCAACGCCAUCUGGGAGGAGAUCAACACUGAGAGCAUGGAUAACAUCUCGAGGGAGGAGUUCCGGAGCUUUCAUGACAACGCCGAGCGAAACUUUUAUUUGAGCUUAUGGCGUUCACUAGUUUCCGACCCGAGCUUCCUGGGCAGCGCUUUGUAUCUCAGUGGAUCCGUCCUCUUCGCCGCUAUGCCGUACUGGUCCUUGGCUAGUCCCGCAACCAUGACAAAGCUGGGGCAGGUGUUCUACAUCUUCGGGGGCAUGCUCUUCUUGUCUCAGACACUUGAGCGCCAUACAGAUCGUCUGAGAAUCCAUCGGCGGCUGGCAGGGAUAAUGGAGGCGGAACAAUGA